GGUGGAGGACUAUCACUCUUGACUAGCUCUACAACACAUUCUGCCUCAGAGAACAUCUAAACAUGAAUGCUGUGAUGGAUACAGUGCAUGGGUUCGGGGUGAGUAGCACCCAAUACCUGCAGACCCAUUACAAAGACGCCCAAGGAUGGUUUCUUUUCGUCUCCUUCGCGGCAGAUCUGAGGAACACCUUCUUCAUCUUCUUUCCCAUCUGGUUCCAUCUGAAAGAAUCAGUCGGCAUCAAGCUUAUUUGGGUGGCUGUGAUAGGAGAUUGGCUCAAUUUGGUAUUUAAAUGGAUCCUGUUUGGAGAACGUCCAUACUGGUGGGUCCACGAGACUUCCUACUACAUCAACAGCUCAGCGCCUCAUAUUGAGCAGUAUCCCAUGACCUGUGAGACUGGCCCAGGCAGUCCAUCUGGUCACGCUAUGGGCGCCGCUGGUGUUUAUUACGCAUUGGUGACCUCCAUCCUCGCCAUAAUGCUGAGCAAAGAGAAGAAAUCAUCGUCCAAGAGCCUAUACUUACGUGGUUCACUUUGGACACUCUUCUGGACGGUCCAGGUCUGUGUAUGCCUCUCUCGAGUCUUUAUCGCUGCUCAUUUCCCCCAUCAAGUUUUUGCAGGCGUUAUUUCAGGCAUGAUUGUUGCCGAGGCCUUCAACAGACAGAAAUGGAUCUAUAGUGCCAGUCUAAAGAAUUACUUCAACGUCACGCUGUUCCUGCUCUCUUUUGCGGUGGGCUUGUACGUGCUCCUGAAAGCUCUGGGUGUGGACCUGCUGUGGACCCUUGAGAAAGCCCAGAGGUGGUGUGUCAAUCCAGCCUGGGUCCAUUUGGACACCACACCGUUCGCCAGCCUGUUGAGGAACAUGGGCACCCUGUUCGGUCUGGGACUCGGCCUUCACUCCCCACUAUACACGGAAAGCAAGAAGAGCAGCAGCGCUCGCGUCAGGAUCGCCUGUAUCGUCGCCUCUCUGUUUCUGCUGCAUCUCUUCGAUUCCAUCAAGCCUCCCACACACACGGCUGCCCUCUUCUACCUGUUGUCUUUCUGCAAGAGCGCCACCGUUCCCCUCGCCACUGUCAGUAUCAUCCCGUACUGCGUGUCCGGAAGCCUCGGUUUACAAAGCAAGAAGCAGCUUUAAGCUGGGAAAGAACUGUACAAGACUGUAAGCAACUGCCCAACUAUUUACAGUAUUUCAGACUAGCACAUUUUCCAUACUUCAUCCAAUCAGUCGAAGGAACGCUGCCUGAUGAACAACUUGCCUGUGUUUUCUAACUAGGGGAUGCAGAUAACUAGAGUUUAAUUUAAGCACUGUUAUAGUGCAUGUAUUGUUUAUGGUGAUGUGAUGUGUGAGAUGAAGAAUUUUAGAAUUUUGAAUUUUUAUAUCUUAGGGGCCGUUUAAAACGGAAAACGUUCUUAACUAAAAACGGUGAGUUGGCCGUUUAUUUAUACGACAAUGUGUUUUGGGGGAAUGAAAAAGCAAACUUUUGAAAACAGUAUUCAAAGUUUUUGAAAACAAUACCGUUAUUAUCUCCAUGUAAACUACAAAAACGCAAAUUUGUGAAAACGGUGAUGUCACGCGCAUGCGUAUAUCGUGCUUUCAGUCUAUAGGCAAGUAGUUUUUCUUUACAAAGUGACAUCGCCAACUACUGGCCUGGCAGGAGAAUACAGAGUUUUUAGUCAUUUACGUGGAUCUGUGUGAAUGGGGAUUUCACGUCUGUACGUGAAAAACGCAAAAGGAAAAACGUAAAUUGUUGUCAUGUAAACGUGCCCUUAUGCCUUUGGAUCUAGAAGAAAAGGUCUGGAAUUUGACAAAAGAAGUGUUCUUUUUUGAGAACUGAAAUAAUAAAAUAAACUACAGUAUAUAGCCUAUAUAUAUAUAUAUAGGAGGACAAAAUUUGUCCUCCCUAAGAUAUGUACUUUUUUUUUUGAUGUAUUUUCUGUAAUAUUCUAUUUUUUUGGAAAUUCUUUAGGUCAUUUUUAAUAAAAUACUCAAAAUA